AUGUAUACAUGCAGGUGUGGAUAGCUUAGAUAUAGAUAUGGAGAAGCAAAAGGUGACAGUGAGAGGGUAUGUGGACAAAAGGAGUGUCCUAAAAAUGGUGAGAAGAAGCGGUAAAACGGCGGAGUUUUGGCCAUUCCCUUAUGAUUCCGAGUAUUAUUCCUAUGCUUCUCGAUAUUUGGACGAAUCCAAUUUCAACUCAACGUACAACUACUACACCCAUGGGUACAACGAGACCACGCACGGCUAUUUCCCCGACCUUCCCUACGAAACGAUCGAUGAUCGGAUUACGUAUCGUUUCAGCGAGGACAAUGUUCAUGCAUGCACUAUUAUGUGAUGACCUCUCUUUGUUUAUAUAUUUAAAUAUUUUUUUAGGGUGCAAAAAUAAUUAUAUUUGAAUAACUAGACUUUCAUUUAUGUGUCUAUUAUGGUUUGGUAGUAUUUGAAUGAAAAAUGUAAGAAGAAACUCAAUUUAACUUGUGAUUGUUGAGUGUAUUGGUGGAAAUUGGAACGGAGUUUUUGAA